AUGGACGAAGAGGGAGAGGAGGCUUCUCUUCUCAGACUAGAGCAGGCAGGUUGUCAACAACGAUUCCCUGGAACUGCCGAAGAAGCGGAAAGUGUGGAGGAAUUGCUUGUUGACGAAAUGUCUAAGCUUACCAUGUUGGAACAAAAUAUCGUAUCAUUUGAAGUGCAUGGAAUCGCUCUAGAAAUUGAAGAAACAGAAGAUCUCAUCACCCAAUCUCUGAGCGAGAUGGAGAAAGCACUGCAGCAAAUCAAGAGGAAUAAGUCAGCCUAUGAAAAGGCAUUGAACAUGAAUCCAGAAUAUGUUGGUAGUCGAAGCUUCCGCUUGCAAUUCUUGAGAUGCGAGGCUUUUAAUUGCAAUAAUGCUGCCAAUCGACUACGUCUUCAUUUUCAACAGAAAGAGGAACUAUUUGGUUCUGGGGACGUUUUGGUGAGAGAUGUCCGUUUGUCAGAUUUGGAUGAAAGCGCAUUGGAAAUCUUCAAAAGUGGAGCGCUGCAGAUGCUUCCAACUCGCGAUGUCAGAGGAAGACCUGUAAUGUGUAUGUUUCUAUCGAAAUGGAAGGAUGUCACUGAUGUGAAAGGAGGACAAAGCUUUCUAUACUAUACCUUGCAAUGUGCCGUGCAAGACGAGGGUUUGCGACAGAAAGGACUGGUUGUUAUCUUCUACGUUGGUGGAAAGAAAGCAGGUGCCGUCAGCUUGGAUCUUGUGAGGAAUAUCUAUCGCGUAAGAUUGGCUGUGCCCCACAGACUCGAAGCCAUGCAUUACUGUUAUGACAAUGAAAAACUACGUCCAUUUGUGUCGGGGGUAAGAUUAUUCAUGGACAAGCGUGUGAGGAUGAGGAGCCGCGUACACUUUGGAAACGAGCAACGUAUUCUAUUCCAGCUGCAGACGUAUGGAAUUCCAAUCCCAGAGAACUCGCCGUUCCGACUAGUGGAUGGUGAGUUUUCGAUGACAUGGCACGAGGAAUGGCUACAGAUUCGGCAAGCACAAGAAGUCGAACUGGCGGAAUCGAAUGUUGGGAAAGCAAGGAUUAUGCUUCUCCAUCGCUUUGACGUCUUGUUCGGCAAAGGUACGAAUGUACGAUCACAUACAGGAAACCUGCGAGCACUUCAUUUGGUGAAUAUGUUUCAAUCCCAAUACGAUGGAGCUUCCAACCGAUUCGAAAAAGCCGAGAUCUCUGAGCGUAUAAUAAGCAUAAUACAUGAGUCUAAUGGACGAUUUCUGAAGUGGGACCAAGGAUCAUGGUUUGAAGUUGAUGAUGGAAUCGCAAGAGACAAGAUAUCACAUUGGUUUAGGAACCAACGACGAUCUAAGGCCGACAAGGACACCGGUAAGAAGGGAACAACCCCCAAACGAAACCGAAGCAUUUCUGAAACAAGGAAUAGAUAG